AUGUGGAUUCAUUGUUAACCAAGGCACUUGUUAAGCGAGGCACCACUGUAAAUUGUUUCGAAGGUAGUGUCUGGGUGCUCAUCCACAUCAGCGCAGACAUCCAGGUUCAGGGAAAGGCAGAUAUAUAUGCCAUUGUCUCAUUGCAGAGGACGUCCCCUCUCCUAGAACAUCAGCGUUACCUUUGUUUUGUUCUUCAGAAUCUCUUGUGUUUUAUGCCACAGGAAUAACAACUCUGCGCAAUCAAGAGAGAUUGCAAUCUCUGCCAUUCCAUUAACAGGCCAUCCUCAAAUGGAAGAGUACUAAGGUGUUGGUUGUAUUUUGCUUCCCAUCAGAUGAGUUCAGGCUUUUCUGAAAGCUUUCAGGUGUUCUUUCCUGCCAGCCAUAUGCCCCAGUUUCAAGCUCCCCUGCAGAACAUAUGCUUCCUCCCGUACCUGACCAGGUAACCAGAGACACACAGCAUCUGCCUAGUACAUAAACAACAGACUCGGAGAAAGUAGGACCUUCCUGUAAAGACAACAGCAAGCCUCCUGGAGAUGGGAGAUCAUAGGGCUAUUUUAGCUGCCAAGAAAGGAGACUUGACUACCUUGGAAAAGCUACACAUAGAUGGUACUCUGGGCCGAAGCAUCACAGACUCUUUAGGAGCAGGCCUGGUCCAUCAUGCAUCUCGAGCAGGGAGGCUGGAAUGCCUCAAGUUUCUGGUACUGCAAGCAAAGCUUCCCGGGAAUCAGAGAGCAAACAAUGGUGCAACGCCAGCACAUGACGCAGCAGCCAUGGGUAACUUGGCAGAACUGCAGUGGUUGAUCAAAGAUGGAGGGUACAACAGGCAGGAGCAGGAUGCUUCAGGGGCUUCUCCACUCCAUUUAGCUGCUCGCUUUGGUCAUCCAGAAGCUGUUGAGUGGCUGGUCCAGGCAGGCUUUGACACUGCAAUGGAAACACGGGAAGGAGCAGUGGCAGGUCAUUAUGCAGCAGCAAAGGGACAUCUCACAUGCCUGAAAGUGCUGCUUGCUGCGGAUCUCAGCUGUGUGAACAAGCAGACUCGGAGUGGAGCUACCCCACUGUACCUUGCCUGCCAGGAGGGACACCUUCACAUCGUCCAGUUCCUGGUAAAGGACUGUGGGGCUGAUGUGCAUCUGAGAGCACAUGAUGGUAUGACAGUGCUACAUGCAGCUGCCUGUGGCGGUCAUUAUGCUGUUGUCAUCUGGCUGGGAACGUUCACUGAUAUCAGGCUUACAGCACAAGAUGCAGAAGGAGCCACUGCCCUCCAUUUUGCUGCCAGAGAGGGGCAUGCUGCCGUUGCUGACAGACUUCUCCUUAUGGGAGCUGAGGUUGUGCUGGACCACUGGGGAGGAACCCCUCUCCAUGAUGCAGCAGAAAAUGGACACUUGGAGUGCUGUCAAACACUAAUCUCCCACCAAGUUGAUCCAGGCAUCCAUGAUGUAGAUGGUUACACUGCACGGGACCUUGCCGAAUACAAUGGACACAGGCAGUGUGCCUGUUACCUGCAGGAAGCAGAGAAACAGGCCAGCCAACAAUGUGGCUCUAAGAGUCAAGAAGCUCAGCUAGACAGGAUCAAAGAAGGAACUUCAGAAAAAACAGAUGAAGACCAGAGGCCAGCUGUUAAACAAGACUGUCUGCAAAUAAUAAGUGAUGAUAUCACAAGCAUGGACGAUGGUCAAGUAAAGACACAGCACUCAGUGAGACCUCUUCGGUCAGAUAUAAAUCUUGCCUCAAGCGUGCAGAAAGAAGUUAACAGCAAUCUUCAGAAAGCAGCCUCUUCAAAGACUUGCAACAUCAUGAAAUCCGUUGAAUCCAAUAAAUCACUGACAACUGAGCUGAAGAUCAAUAAAUCUCUGCAGCAAGGUGAGAAGACAGAGCCUCCAAAUGUCACAGUACCAAACAAACUCCUAUCAGUGCUUGAUGAGCUGAGAACAUCAGACAUUGAUUCCCUGGUGCCUACGCAUGAUGAGCGAGGCUGUUCUAUUCCAGAGUGGAAGCGGCAGGUGAUGGUACGGAAAUUAGAGGCUCAGCUGGUAUGCGAAGAAGAGAUGGGCAUGAAGGACAAGGGAAGCUGUGGCCUAAAGAUGGAUAACUGGCAGUACUCCCAAGCUCACAACGCCAUGCUGGGUCCCUAUGGGGAAUUACUCACUGAAGAUGACCUGCUUUACUUAGAGAAGCAGAUUGAGAAGCUGCAGGUGAAGAAGAAAUGCCAAGAGUAUGAAAGUGAGCUGGGACGUCUGACAGAGGAGUUGCAGACCGUUCUCCCUGCUCCCAUUGUCAAUAUCACAGUCAACUGUCAGUUUUUGGAACAGGGCUCCGAAGAGGACAGCCAGGAACUACCUGCCUGGUGCAAUCACAUGUCUGGCGUGGUUAAAAGCAUGUCCUUGUUGCUCUCUAACAUCAAUGGCAUAAAGGAAGAGGGAGAUAAAGAGAAGGUCCCAUAUAAGCCGAGCAAGAGCACCAGUUUUUCAGGAGGAAUGGCCAAGAAGGAAAUCUUGGAAUGUGGUGUCUCUGUAAGGGACCUGAGGGGUCAUUUUGAGAAACAAGAUCUUGCAGGACAAUGCAAACCUUUUCUGCUCCCAGAGCUGAAGACUGAGCCCUUGCAACAUGGGGCAGACCGUGAAGCAAUUUCUUCAUUGUUAGCAGACACCUGUAAGGGCAAGAGGAGCUCCUAUGAGGAACAUGAGACUGGAGACAAGGAGAAUGCCACUGACUCUGGCAUCAGCUGUGAGGAAGGCUCCUCUGAAUCUACUGGUUCUCAUAUUUCAACUGGGGAGGUCAGCACCCUCCGAAAAGAGCGUAUUGUGCUGCUUUUUCUUAGUCACUGGAAGAAAUCUGCUUACACUCCUUCUUUGAAACUCAUGGCCAAGAAGACUCUUGAUGCCCAGCAGCCUGGAAAAGUGGGACUGGCACAGGUGAUGGCAGAGGUCAAGAAGCAGCAGGCUCCUAUGGAGAAACCUUUGGUGGAAAUGAGCAGGCUUGGCCAUUUAGUUAAGCAGAGAUAUGCUAUCAAGAAUCUGAUCAGCCGCUGGAAGAACAUAAUCUCUCUUGUACCAUCUCGUCAGAUCAGGCGUCUCAAUCACAGCCACACAAUCUAUUCUCCUGAACAGUUCUUGCCUUAUAUUAAUGGUGAGCCUGUUGACUACAAUAAUUUAACUCUUGACCUGUUCAUGUUAGGUUAUUUCCACAUCCUGGAGCUAGACCUCUGUCCUGAAGAGCGCAAGGCAAGACAUCUUCUUUGCUUUGAAGUUUUUGACCACUUGGGCAGCCAUCAGUGGGAGACAGUGCGUGCUUUCCACCAAGCAGUGACUGAUGAAAUUGCUGCAGGCAAAAGAAGCUGGGAAGAUAGCUUUGAAGAUAUUAAGAUGCAAUUCUUUGGUAACAACAAGGGCCCAGCUAAGAUUAUGGAACUUAAAAGAUCACCAGUGGAAAAGACUCUGAAACCAUUAUCCAAAACCAGAGUCCCAAAUAUUGAACAGCAGGAUCAUGGUCCAGGAAAAUACUUUGAACUAGGCAGCUUUGACAAUGAUGAGAUCUGCAGUUACAUUGAGAGAAGUUUUGCUUUCUGGAAGGAAAAAGAAGCAGAGAUCUUUAGCUUUGCAGGGGCAGGCUCUUUACAUUAGUAUUCUUGUUUGAGAAUAUGGAUAAGACCUCAAAUAUACACCACAGAGAGGCCUAUUGGCACUAAGCUAUAUUACUUAAUGGAUGCUGCAUGGAAUAACAAGACAAAAACAUGUUUGCAGGACUCAUGAGCUAAGGGGCAAAUGGAAAGGUCCCAGUGGACUUUUAAAACUAUUGUAUGAUGCAUGGCUUGCAAAAGCAUACAGCUAAUGGAAAUAAUUAAAUAUAGAUAAAUACAAAAUACAGGUCCUAGUAGCUACUUGUCUGCUGCAAAGCACCUUCUGGAGAUGAGGAGUACUUAACCCGUCUUCUGCCUGUUCCUUUCUGCUCAACAAACACCCAUUCUCUAACCAAGAUAUUUUACUUGGAAACGUGGGUCUAGAACUGUGUGGUGGUGAUAAUGAAGGGAAGGUAGACUGGCAGAUUUAGAGUUAAGCAACCAUAGAGUUAAGUCCAUACCUACUGUGCCUCCUUGCUUCACUCAAGAGAAGGAAUUAUCAGGCCUUUAUUACUCGUGGCUGUAGUGCAGUGACUGACAGGGCACUUACCACAAUAGGUAUUUAUUUAUUUAUUUUAUUGA